AUGCCGGUUUACAUCUCUUAUGAAGCAGUCAGUAAAAAGCAAUCACAGUCAAACUUCGUACUUAGACGGUGCUAACGCCAAUGGGGCAGCAUACUCUAGUCGUGAUUACCAACGAUCCUCAAAAAGCAAUCAAAACCCACCGAGUUUAUCACCGAAUAGCAAAAAAAAAAAUGAGACUCAAUUCUCCGCGAACAAAGUAACCGCCACGAAUGCACCUGAUGUAUGCCCAAUCUCCGACAUUCCGACGACAACUAUAAAGGUAACGGGACUAGUGAGGCCUUUUAAAAUUACCGAUCUGAAAGAUAUGCUGGUGGAAGCAGGCAAUGGGGAAAUCCUCGACUUCAAAAUUGACAGUAUCAUGUCAGAGUGCUAUGCUGUGUAUGAAACAGAAGCCGCAGCAGAAAAGGCCAAGCAAAGUAUUCACAACACCAAAUGGCCAUCCACGCCCGGUGCGCGUACCCUCACAGUCGAAUUUGUAGAUGAGCACGAUGCCUUCCCAUCUAGAAUGCCAACCCUCGAAGAGUCGCUCAACAAAUUCAGGACUGAAGAGCAUAACAGAUUGGUCUCUGACGGAUUCAUGUUCACUAAAGCCGAGCCCAAAUUGUAUUUCCUACCUCGUUCUGAAGAAAGCAUCCCAAAAAUGCAAAGUAAUAGCACUAGUAACUCUAAUGCAGACGAGAUACAGGAGUCUCCAAAAAAUGAGACAGCCAACGAUCUAACUGACCAAGCCUCGUUUGAGAAACUGAACGACGAGUGAAAAAAAAUGCGAAUCGCUUGACUAUCAAUUUCAUAAAGACUCAUAAAAGAACGACAUAUUCAAAAAAAAAAACAAGCAACCAGCGAGGUCAUAUGCGCAUGAACGCUUUGAACAGAUGUUGCUAAAAAAAGACAAAGCUUUUGUUCUGCAAGCUGAAUUUUAUACUAUGCUUGCCUUAAUUCCUGUAUUCCUGAUGUCUAUGAAUCUAUGAAGA